UGAUUUGUUACAACGUGUCUGGUAUUUGACUGUUUGCUAGAAUGGAAAUGUUCACCCAAAAUAUCAAUUUAUGAGAAAUCGACGAAAAUGGGUCACUUUUCCUUUAAAUGUUCUCUGUUGUUCUGCAUAAUAUMCAGGAAGUGUGAGCGCAUUCCUCCCCAGCUGAUCUAGAGAGCCAGACGGAAGUCUCCUACUCAAGGGGCUUUAACAUUCAGCGGUGACCAGACAAGAGGACAGUGCGAUUGGUAAAUAUUGUCUGGAAUUAAUCYAAGUGGAUUAUCAGUGGGUGGUUUUAGUGGAGACACGGCGCGGUAUCCCCACCGACUCGGUCUUUCUCCCUGUCGGUCGGGUGGAUCUGCCGUGGUAGGACUGUCAUGAGCCCGGGCUGGGAAUGGCAUCCGUUCCCAGUGUUUGUAAGAAGGUCGGACCGGUGGAGGAGGAGAACGGAGAACCGGAYCAUUCUCUGCAAGAGAUGUURAAGGCGAUCGCCGACGAACGRAACCGUCUUACUAUCAGACAAGAAAUUAGUGGACUUGGGUGUUUUAAGGACGACCGCAUCGUGUUCUUGACAUGGAUGUUCUCCACGUACUUCAUGGAGAAGCUGUCGCCGCGCGGGAACAGGACGACAUGUUUUUUACGUCCGCAGGAAGCUGUCAUACGUCAGCCCCGACCAAUCAGAAGGAAAGAAGCGUCUGUUACAAGCAAAGCCCACGAUGUCUUUACCGCAGACUGUUCAGCGACUCUGCUACUAUUGGAGAUGAUCAAGCGAGGAGAUCCAGAGAUGCGUAGAACUUGA